CGCUCGCGCAGACCCAGCUCGCACACGCGCCGGGCAACUGAGCGGAGAGUAGCGGCGGCACCAGGCAGCGCGAGGCGUCAGCGGCUCGUGGCUAUUUCUGUCGCGUGUCUUCGGUCGCGUACGCACUCGCGCGGUUUUAAACUUCAUCUAGUGCGCGAUAUCGCCGCGCGCCUCGUUUUACCGUCUUACGUGACACGCGAGUGAGUUACAAGCGGAAAGUCCGGGGAGAGAGACAGACGCGCCUCGUGCCUUCUGGAUUUGAAAGCAACCCUCACUUUUAAGCGCCAGGCUUUUCCGAGCGAGGAAUUUAAGCCCGAGAUUGUGCGAUCCAAUAUUUAUCGCAGGUUUGUGCUUUAAAAGCGAUUUUCCCAGUAGGGUGUAGGAGGAAAGUUAGGAAACACCAGCUUUACUUAUUUUGCGUAAUUACAGAGAGCAGCGGAAUGGCUGCGUUGUUUAACGGCGCUCGCUGAGUUCCGUUUUCUGAAUAACGCGCAAACAGGCGAGAAACCUAAAGGACAAUUCUUAUCAGUGUGGUGAAGUCCAGCCGCAGGCUGCUCUCGGUGGAUACGCUCGUUCCUUCAAACGAAAAGAACAUUUUGAUUCAACAAAGAAGACUUCAGUCACACGCUUUCCCAAGGCGCGAUGGAUUUACCUUCCAGGCUGUGUGGAUGUUUGCUGGCUCUUUGUUUAUCAUCGCUGGUUUAUGGAGACGAGGAGCCGUGCGGAGGGCACCGGGACGCCAGCGAUGCAGGCUACAUCACCACGCCCGGCUACCCGCAGGAGUACCCGCCCCACCAGGACUGCCGCUGGGUCAUCACGGCCCCUGAACAGUCCCAGCGCAUCGUCCUCAACUUCAACCCCCACUUUGAGCUGGAGAAGCUCGACUGCAGGUAUGACUUCAUCGAGAUCCGUGACGGCACCUCUGACUCGGCCGACCUCCUUGGGAAGCACUGCAGUAACAUUGCCCCUCCUGCCAUCAUUUCCUCGGGCCCCGUGCUGCACAUCCGAUUCGUGUCCGACUACGCCCACCAGGGGGCGGGCUUCUCGCUGCGAUACGAGAUCCACAAGACAGGUUCAGACUGCUCUCGCAACUUCACCAGCCCAUCUGGUGUGAUCGAGUCGCCUGGCUACCCCGACAAGUACCCCCACAACCUGGAGUGCACCUUCAUCAUCAUCGUCCCGCCGCACAUGGACGUCACGCUCACCUUCCUGACCUUUGACCUGGAGAACGACCCCCUACAGGGCUCGGAGGGCGAGUGCAAAUAUGACUGGCUGGAGGUGUGGGACGGGCUGCCGCAGGUGGGACCCCUCAUCGGACGUCACUGUGGCACCAAGAUCCCACCGGAGAUCCAGUCGUCCACGGGCAUCCUCUCCCUCACCUUCCACACAGACAUGGCGGUCGCUAAAGAUGGCUUCUCCGCUCGAUAUAACAUGACAGUAAAGGAGGUUAACGACAAUUUCCACUGCAGCAAUCCUUUUGGGAUGGAGUCCGGCCAGAUCACGGAUGACCAGAUCACGGCCUCGUCAACGUUCUUCGAUGGCCUGUGGGUGCCGCGGCAAGCUCGCCUCAACUACGACAGCAACGCCUGGACCCCCAGCGAGGACAGCAACAAAGAGUACAUACAGGUGGACCUCCACUUCCUCAAGGUUCUGACAGGCAUCGCCACCCAGGGCGCCGUCUCCAAGGAGACGCAGAAGGCCUACUACGUCACCACCUUUAAGCUGGAGGUCAGCACCAAUGGCGAGGACUGGAUGAUCUACCGACACGGCAAGAACCACAAGGUUUUCCACGCUAACACGGACCCCUUGGAGGUGGUCCUGAACCGGAUUCCCCAGCCCAUCUUGGCGCGCUUCGUCCGGAUCAGGCCGCAGACGUGGAAAAACGGCAUUGCACUUCGCUUUGAGCUCUAUGGCUGCCAGAUCACAGACGCUCCAUGUUCGGAGAUGCAGGGCAUGCUCUCAGGCUUGCUGCCUGACUCCCAGAUCUCGGCCUCCUCCAUGCGGGACAUCCAUGGCUCGAUGGGGGCAGCCCGGCUGGUGGCCAGCCGCUCGGGUUGGUUCCCCAGCCCCGCGCAGCCUGUGGCGGGCGAGGAGUGGCUGCAGGUGGACCUGGGUGCGGCCAAGACCGUGCGCGGCAUCAUCACGCAGGGGGCCCGCAGCGUGGAUGGCAGCGGCAGUGCGGAGAACCGUGCCUUCGUGCGCAAGUACCGCCUCUCGCACAGCAUGAACGGGAAGGAGUGGAGCUACUUCCUUGACCCCAAGACGGGCCACGCCAAGAUUUUCGAGGGCAACACGCACUACGACACUCCGGAGAUCCGCCGCUUUGAUGAGAUCGUGACGCAGUUCAUCCGGGUGUAUCCGGAGAGGUGGUCGCCCGCCGGUAUCGGGAUGAGACUGGAGAUCCUGGGCUGUGACUUGCCAGAAUCCACUCCUGUUCCAGACACAGCCACGCCCACACUGCCCCAGCAGGAGGAGACCAGCACGGCUCACAGAGCACCAGCCCUAACCACCCUGUCAUCUCUGGGCGGUUUGUGUGACUUCGAACAAAGUAUGUGUGGGUGGACUCAUGACCCCAGCGCUGACCUGACCUGGUCUCUGCACAGUCCAGCCAGCCCCAGUCUGGAGCUGCCUCUUGGAACAGAAGACGACGGCAGCUUCCUGUACGUGGAGGCGCGCCCCAAGGCGGAUCGGCGCCGUGCCCGGCUUCUCAGCCUACCGGUGGGGCCCGAGCGGGGGCCCCUGUGCCUGAUCUUCCUCUACCAGCUGUGGGGCGAGGCUCAGGGCACCCUGCGCGUCCUGCUGCGCAGUGGAGGCCAGGACGAGGCCCAGCUCUGGAGCCUGGACGGCGAGCAGGGCCGCAGGUGGAGGGAGGGCCGCACCAUCUUGCCCCAGUCCCCGCGGGAGUACCAGGUGGUCAUCGAGGGCUUCUUCGAACACAGCGGCCGCGGACACAUCUGGAUCGACAACAUCCACGUCAGCUCCAGCACGGAACUGGAGCAGUGCACCCAACCGUUCCCGCCUUUCCCACCGGAGAUGACUGACCAAAGAGCCAUCGAGUUUGGAAACAAUCCUCUGCUCCAUGACCUCAAUCGCCUAGAUCAAGGCCUCCCGUUCUCUGCAUGGAGCACUCCCGAGCCCUCGCGGGGGCCUCCUGUCACGCGGCUUUCCGAGAAGGACAACGCCUGGCUACUGACGCUGGAUCCCAUCCUGGUCACGAUCAUCGUCAUGAGCUCCCUGGGUGUGCUUCUGGGCGCCGUGUGCGCCGGCCUGCUGCUCUACUGCACGUGCUCCUACCACGGCCUCUCCUCCCGCAGCUCCACCACGCUGGAGAACUACAACUUCGAGCUGUACGAUGGCAUCAAGCACAAGGUGAAGCUCAACCAGCAGCGCUGCUGCUCGGAAGCCUGAGGCGGUUCCAGGGGGGCGGGGUGAGGUCCUAGGAGGAGGGGCUAGGGGAGGGGCCGCACAGGCCUCGCUGAGACCAGUCACCCUCUCCGCUGGCUCGUUUCCCCGUGUUUAGUCCCUGCGUGGGAGUCAGCUCAGUCCAAGACUGUGAACGAACCUCGCUGUCCCGCUAUGGGCCGCGCGCCGCGGUCUCCGAGCGAGGGCGCUCCCAGUGGACUUAUCUGUUGGCAGGAAGAGAUAUCAACACAUAUCAAUCGAAUGCCUAUCCCAAAAAAAGAGAGAGAGAAGUAAAUAAAUAAACAAACAAACAAACAAAUUAAUUAAUAGUGUAUAUGAAUAUAGAUUUGUAAAGAUAAAAAGAUCUAAAAACUGGUUAAUGGGAGUUAGAAGUGAGUGACACUAGGACUUUGUAGAAAGAUCGUCGCUUGUGAAAUGCUGGCCCCCAUUUUGUGAAAGACGUGGCCUAGACGUUUGUGGACAUGUUUAGUUUUAGACCUGUGUCUUCAUGCACAGCCGUUUGAGUUAUUGGUCUCCACCAUGGCCAUCAUCAGCUUUUCACUGCCAUCUCUUCAGCUGGAUCAAGACAAAACAUGCCAGUCUUAAUGCUCACGUUCUCUCCACUCAUAAUGCUGUACUUUCUUUUCUCGUUGUUGUAGCUGUCGUGAACUGUUAGCAGUUGCUAUCAGACGCAGGUAGAUGAAGAAACAUGUUGUAUUACAUUCAGGCAAAAGUUCUUUGGCAGAGUCACGUUUAAGUAUUAUGAUUGUCUAUGGUUGUUUUCUUGUUUUUGUUUUGUUUUAUUGCUCUUUUUUUCAUGUACUUUUGUCUGUUGGAUCUGCACACAUGGUGCACUCACUGUGUGAUCAGUUGCAAAUUUGUUUUAACUGCAACCUAUGGAUUGCGAAGAAACUGAAGCCACCGAGUUGAUGAGUGGUGGAGAUGGAAGAAAAAGUAGAGGCUCUUCCUCUCACAGACAGAGAGAGCAUCCUCCCUUCAUUCAAGCCCCUUUACGCCACACCCUGAAGAAAAAGGACUCAGCAUAGAAAUGCCGGUGAUGACACUGGGAAAUCCCCGAGCCUCUUCUGCAGACCCACAAUUGAGCCUUAAGCAAACUGUCUUUGGAGGAGAGCCAUUGUGAAACGCCAUUUCUUGGGUUUGAAACGCCUGGACCUUGGAGGAAUCAGGUCUUUACGCUUUCUUUCAUUUCACUCUUCUUGUUUACUAUGUGUUGUUUUAUGGGCUGUUGAAAAGUAGAGGUCAACAAGGCCAGAAUUGGCUAAGCUUGGAAAAUUCGAUGGGUAAAUGAUUUCGUGGGGUAUAUCUUUCAGAGUUAUAAGUGGGAACAAAUGUGAUAAAAAAAAAUUUUUUAAAAGAGCUUAAAUGUUUUCAUUGUACCCUGGACAGCCGCUGCAGCACCCCAGACAAGCAUGCUGUGAGUAGUGGGGGCUUGUGGGAAGGGGGUGUACUGAUUAAGAGGUGCUGAAAGCUGCAACAGAUAAGGAUAAGUUCAGCUGUUAGGGGAGAGAGAGAGAGAGAGAUAGAGAGAGAGAGAAAGAGAGAGAGAGAGAGAGAGAGAAAGAGAGAGAGAGAGCGAGAGAGAGAGAGAGAGAGAGAGAGAGAGAGAGAUGGUGUGUCCAGCUCUGUUGUCACUGGACUCUGUUGACUCUUUUUCAAGUGCCUUGGAGCUCUGACCUGUUUUUAGCUUUGCUGCAGAGCUGUGAAAGUAUUACCUCUUCUGUCUGGGACAGGGGGCAAACACCAAAAGAUGUGGAAAUCCCAGCACUGGUCAGAUCAUUCAAAAUUUGAUGUUUGUAGACUUUGUACAGACAAAUGUUCUUUUUAUUAUUAUUAUUAUUAUUAUUAUUAUUUAAUAAAGGAUGAAUAACUGA